AUGUCUAGCUCAUCUAGCUCUAGCGAUGAUGAAAUGAUGAAGACGUUCUUUCUUAUUCGAAUCCACGACGCAGUCGUCGAACAUGACAAGUACUUCGUCCAAAAGAGGAAUGGUGCUGGACAGUUAGGACUAUCUAGUCUUCAAAAGAUUACUGCAGCUAUGCGGAUGCUCGCAUAUGGAGCAUCCGCUGACUCCGUUGACGACUACGUUCGGAUCGGUAAAAGUACGUCGCUUGAGAGCGUGAAGAGGUUCGUUCGAUCGAUUAUCAACAUCUUUGGAGAGGAAUACCUUCGUGCACCGACUAAUGAAGACGUUGCACGCCUGCUCGAGGAAGGCUCACAACGAGGUUUUCCUGGUAUGCUUGGGAGCAUCGACUGCAUGCACUGGACAUGGAAGAACUAUCCAACUACUUGGCAAGGUAUGUAUACUGGACAUUUUCAUGAACCUACAAUUAUUUUGGAGGCCGUAGCUAGCAAAGAUCUUUGGAUAUGGCAUGCCUUCUUUGGACUGCCAGGGUCUCACAAUGACCUUAAUGUUCUACAUCGUUCACAGGUUUUCGCACAACUUGCGGAGGGAAGAGCUUCACCGUGCAACUAUACUGUUAAUGGCCAAGAGUAUAAUAUGGGAUACUAUCUCGUCGACAGGAUUUACCCAGAGUAG